AUGGAAGACAGUCAUAAGUGUUUAGAAGAGUAUGGGAUUGAAGAUGGAGUUUGGACAGAUGAAGUAGCUAACUUGAAAGAGAGACUGAAUGAGGAUUUGCCGGGUGAUAGUGAUGAGACUAACCCAGAAAGUAAAGGAUUUAAACCAUAUAAGUUAGUGGCACGAAUUCUUAAAGACUUAGACAUUGAUGAUUUUGAAAGUGGAAAGAUAGUCCUAUCAAAAUCUCUGGAGGAUUCUUUAGUUGAAAGAGAGCGACUAGUACGUGAUCAUUUUAAUACGUAUUUUAGAUGUCGAACUCUCCUAGAAGAUAUGGCGGGGAUAAAGAAAGAGUUGGACCAUACUAAAGCACUAGCCCAAAUAGAGAAGCUGACUAAGCUUGAAGGAGUCUUGCUGCCAGUAAUUAGAGAGAAUCGUGAAAUAGAUAUCAAAGAAAAACAACAACUAUUUAUCAGACAGAAUAGGAUUCUUUUUGAAGGCCCGGCUAUCUUAGAGGAACAUUUAACCCUGCGAGAUUUUGAUGCCUUCUUAUCAGACUUUGCUGAGGCAAAAGCCAUUGCCGAUCGGUACAAAAACUCCAAAUUCAUUGCUUACUAUUGGUCCCAGUUUACUCGUGUACUUACUAUGUUCAAAACCGAGAUAAGUAAGCGAAUAGAAACAAGUCAAAGUAUCACAGAGUGUUUGCACUACUUUAACACUUAUCUCCACGUAGACCCAGAAAGUGCAUCACAUAUCUUUGGGACUUUACUAGUUGUAGCCAAGAAAGAGUUCUACCAGCACCACGAACAACUCAGUCGCCACCAAGAACACUCCCGACUCUACCCAGAAAAGUCCAUAAUCCAUUUCAUUGGGGCUCUCCUAGAGAAGUUCUCCUUUAUGAUCCGGUCCUUAGAAGCGGUUGAUCUGCUCUACAACCAGGACAAACACACUACCGAGUUCAUCAGUAGUGGAAUCGAAGCUUUUGCCCAUACAGCUGCCCAAGGAGUCGAUCUUCUCUUCAGUGAGUACGAAAAGAACAGCUCGGUUCAUAAUGCCAAUUUGCUCACCACUAUCAACACUAUUCUGAAGAAGAUCAAAGAGUUUGCCAAGAAAAACAAACGAGAUACCGCAACCGAUAUUUACACCCACUACCACCUGUCCUCUUUCUAUACUCGGCUUAUUACUCUUCUUUUCUCACAAGCCCACCACAUGCCGAUCAAGAACCUUCUUGAGCUCAUAACCCAGGCCGAAGCCAUGUUCGCUUCCACCAAAGAGCUCUUCAAAAGCAUCAAAAAGACUAUCAAACAAAUCAUCAGCAAAACCGAAACACAAUCCCCAGAAGAAGCCCUCAAAACCAUUCUUCUUCUCAAGUACAAUAUUAUCCCCCAAGUCACCACCUUGCUUAAACUCGACUCCACCGACCCAAACACCAACUUAGAGCUACCUGAUACUACUCAAUCCGAAACACAGAUCAUGUCAACCGUAGCCGCCACUCUUAAAAAGGAUCUUACCCGUGCCCAUUCCGAUGAGCAUUUCUUAAUGAUCAUUCUUCGUGUCAAAGUUGCACUUAUUCUUCCUGACAUCAAUACGGCCAACACUCUAACCCAAAUCCUCAAACUCGCCCUUCAAGACCACCAACCGACUCCCACCCAACUCUUCUAUCUUCCCCAGAUCUUCCCUAACACACCAAAACCCGACCAUCCAAUCACUUCCGCCACCAAACAAUUUCAAUUCCUACUAGACACUAGCUAG